AUGUCUAAGGUCGACGUUGAUCUGGGGGACCUCUUGGCCAAAGUACUACCCACCGGCGUGAAGCUCAUCAUUCGUCAUGUCUCGUCCGUUCCAACUCGCUGUGUAGCGCUCUUUGCGCCACCACCAGACGAAGAACCUGAGAUUACCUUCUGUGAAAGCCAUUUUCUGACGGCGUCUAUCGCCCCGGACGAGAAAGAUGGAUCGGAAAUCAUCAUAUUCGGAAUUGAGGUGUUGGUCUACAGCACAGCGCAUCUGACGACGAUCUUUGUCUCGAAAGCCGACUCGACAGGCCAUCUACAUCUAUUGAAGAACGCGUCCAAGGCCUCGCUUCUCCUCCGGAUCUCCAAUACCUUCCUCUCCUUCCUUGUCCGGACGCGGCAGCGCCCGGGGGUCCGGCUCGUGGUGUCGUUGUUUGCGCGCGCUCAAAACCAGUACCUGUUCCCGGGCAGCAUCGAAAACGCAGAGAAGCACGUUUUGGACGACAGGGGCUUGAUCAAAUGGUGGUGUCGCGCCGUGGACCCAAUUCUACGCGAAUAUGAACCGGAGUCGGGCUCUCUUGAUAAAGGACUCCUGGAUCGGAAGAUGGAAUCUUCCAGGAGUUCGGCGACCGCGUUUCUCAUAGUCCCGGGAUGCGACAGGUUUGAAACGCGAAGCUUCUUCCCUUCCACGUUAAAGACGGAUGACCCGGAUCGACCUCGAUGGCUGAAUAGUUAUCCCCUCCGCCAAUUAUGCGACAAUCCGGAUGCUCCUCCGCGGUGCUUGAUUCCUCGCUUUCCCGACGAUCCGAAGACACGGUUCCUUGUGGACCUGGACGAUGAACUUCCCGAACAAUCAGAGACGGGUACGACGGGGGAUAGGAGCUGUGGACAGUGGCGGAGUGUCCGAUCUCUAGACCAAUUCUGGGAGAUGAUGUCCUUCCGACAGGAGUGUUCGGCUGGAAGGCUGGUUGGAUUCCUUUGGCUCGUUAUCAAUCCCCCAGGACUAGAAAAUUCGGUCCAAAUAACUAGCUCCCGACCGAUCCAUAGUCAGACGGUUAAAGGUCUGUCCGAUAUUGCUGUCCCUACCACAUCUGAGCACCCAAGCUCGACCACCAAACAAUCUACAACCGGACCGUCAUCGACCACAAAACAUAGCCAGGAACAACCUACAGACUCCCAGCCAUCCAGCGUACCCGCUAAACCCGCUUCCCCAGCGCAGCAAACCACUGACGCCGAAGAGUUCCACUGGCCAUCAGCGGGCCGUGGACACGCAGUCCUCAGCGAAGAAGACUACAAGACGACGAUCAACUUUCUUCUCGAACAGGACUUCCACAACAAAGAGAUAUCAAUCUCCAGUACCAAAGCCUGGAGCGAGAAAGUCGCUUCCAUUGCCGACCAACUCUGGGUCGGCCAAGAAGUAGUCGGAAGAAACACCAACGGCAAUGCUCCUCUCACUCCCGUCGUGACCACCACUUUCAUGGACAGUGCACUAGUUCGAAAGCGAAAGAAACACGAUGGAGGAGACGAAAAUGUACCUGCUCUUGACGAGAAACACGGGGCCACGGGCCCUAGUGUCUAUGUCGAAUCGUCGAGACAGUCAGCGCCGUCACCGUCGGGAGUCAAUGUACUCCAGGCGAACUUGAUCAGGAAAAAGAAAAAGACGUAG